AUAAAGGUACAUCUCUUAACAGUGAACUCCUUCAAGGCCCUGACCUGGCAAACACGCUUAUAGGAGUCUUGCUAAGAUUUCGGCAAGAGCACAUUGCCAUGAUGGCAGACAUCGAAGGAAUGUUCCAUCAAGUACGUGUCCAUGAAGAUGACUUAGUCUUCCUGCGAUUCCUAUGGUGGCCGGAUGGUGACACUAGCAAAAGAUUGGAGGAGUACAGAAUGACAGUACAUCUUUUCGGUGCUAUAUCCUCUCCAAGUUGUGCAAAUUUUGCACUACGAAAGACUGCAGAAGACAACUGUGAGAGGUACGAUGAAGAGGUGAUUCAAACAGUCAAGUCCAACUUCUACGUUGAUGACUGCCUCAAAUCAGUGGCCACAGAAGAACAAGCCAUAGCUCUCACAAAAAACCUCAGGGAUGUGUGCUCUCAGGGUGGGUUCAAAUUGACCAAGUGGGUCGGCAACAGCCAUGCUGUGCUGGCUUCUAUCCCUGAUGAACACAAAGCCAAGCAAAUAAAAGAACUGGACCUGGACAGAGAAAAGCUGCCUGUUGAAAGAGCACUUGGAAUCCGAUGGAACAUUGAAAGAGAUGCCUUUACCUUCCGAGUCAUUGUCAAGAACAGACCCCUUACAAGAAGAGGUAUUCUCUCUACUGUCAGCUCUGUUUAUGAUCCAUUAGGUUUCCUCGCCCCAUUCGUAUUAAAGGCAAAGCAAAUUCUUCAAGUGCUCUGCAAGCUAAAGUGUGGAUGGGACGAAGUCAUCCCCGAAGAACACUCUAUUUCAUGGAAGAGAUGGCUCUCAGAGCUAGACCAGCUUACCAGAUUCCAGAUAGACAGGUGUAUGAUGCCUGAGAACUUUGGUCAAGUCAAGACCGCACAGCUGCAUCACUUCGGUGACGCAAGUGAGCAAGGUUAUGGCACGGCAAGCUACCUUAGGUUCACAAACGGUAUGGGAAAGGUCCACAUUGCAUUCAUACUGGGGAAAUCAAGGGUCACUCCACUCAAGCAGAUGAUGAUCCCCAGACUGGAACUCGCUGCAGCAACAUUGGCAGUGAGAGUGGACAGGAUGUUAAGGUUGGAGCUCCAGAUUGAACUUGAGGAGUCAACUUUCUGGACAGACAGCCAGUCUGUGCUAAAAUACAUCCGCAACGAUACCAAGAGAUUCCAUACCUUUGUGGCUAAUAGGGUUGCUAUGAUCCGUGACCUAUCGAAAGCAAAACAGUGGAGGUAUUUGAACUCCAAACACAACCCAGCCGAUGACGCUUCAAGAGGAUUACAUGUUGAAAUUUUCCUUAACUCAAAGAGAUGGCGUAAAGGACCAGACUUCCUGGAGAAAACAGAAACACAAUGGCCAAAAGUCCCCGAGGAGCUUGGCUCCAUCCCUUCAGAUGAUCCAGAGGUGAGAAAAGACGUCAUCGUAAACAGUACAUGUGUGGAAGAAAAGAGUCCGACCAGCAAACUGAUCGAGUACUAUUCAACAUGGAACAGCUUGAAGAAAGCAGUUGCCUGGAUGCUGAAACUGAAGAGACUUCUUCUACAGUUAAGCCAGAAAAGGAAAGUUCUCACACAAACUGAUCCAGGUUCAGAUCAGUGUCUGACAAACUCACUGAAGGAACAAAUUGACAAGUUCAAACUGACAUUUGGAAAAGAAAGUCUGUCUGUGGAUGACCUAGAUAAAGCAGAAAAGGCCAUCAUUCGAUUUGAGCAACGACAGCACUUUAAACAAGAAAUUGCACUAGUUGUGAAAGGAAAACAAUGUGCCAAGAGAAAUGGCUCAAUCUGUAAGCUUGAUCCAAUUGUUGACAAUGGCAUUCUGAGAGUGGGAGGAAGGUUAAGCAAAGCUGCUAUGCCUACGGAACUAAAGAAUCCUAUGAUCCUACCCAAAGACUCCUACAUCUCCAAACUGAUCUUACUCCACAUCCAUGAGCAGGUUGGCCACUCUGGGAGAGGUCACAUGCUUUCUAGACUUCGCCAGCGAUAA